CAAGUAUGACUAUGAGUGAUACUGUUCCGUUGAGUAUCCUGCCUCCAUUGGCUGACUGUUAUUACUGUUAUUGCUUUUGUGAGGAGAAUAUAUGGAAGCUGUGUGAAAGUGUGAAGAAGAAUUUCCCUGACGAAUUGAGCAGGACGUAUGCAAUCUUCAUCUCAAACAAGGAAAGGAAGGUCCCUCUUUGGAUGCAGAAAGCAAGUGGUCCAGGAGAACUCCCUGUAGUUUGGGAUUACCACGUGAUCCUCAUUCACAUGGAUGCAUCAUGUGGAAGUCAAGUUUAUGAUAUGGAUACUGUGUUACCAUUCCCUAUUGACUUUGAGGAGUAUGUGACUGUGGCAGUCCGUAGCAAUGAUGUUCUUAGGCAGGAAUUUUUCAGAUUCUUCAGGGUAGUUCCUGCCCAGGAAUUCCUAGAUAUGUUUGCAUCAGAUCGAUCACAUAUGAAGAAAGAGAAUGGAGAAUGGAGGACACCCCCUCCCUCUCAUCCUUGCAUAGUGGCAAAAGAUGGUACAACAAUGAAUCUAGAUAGUUUCAUCAACAUGGAGAAAGGGACAGGUCAUGGAGAGGUCAUGACCUUGAAUGAGUUCACAGCAAAGUUCAAGGACUCCAAUAGCUGAAAUCAUGCCUGAAAUCUGUAUUCUAUUAAAAACUUUGCAAUUUUGACAUUGAUUUUUAACGAGAUGACAGGCUUUUGGUUCUGUCGAGGUGGUUUCAUGAAGUUUUUUAUGAAUGAUCUACAUUACCAUUGGCAUGAACGGUCUUAUUAUGAGAUGACUGGAAGUGUAAGAGGACAACUUACCCUUGAAACGAUUCCAGCAUUCCUGGAACACAUCUCCCCUGGAGGAGAGCUUUUCAGAAGGCAAGUCACCCUAAAGUACCCCGCCCUCAAAUGACGACUCUUUCAAGACACCUUCGUAGGGCUCUUAUUCUGGAAAUUAUGUGAAAAGCAAUAUGCUUUUCAGCCUACCACUACAUAGUCUUUCAUAUGUAAUACAAUUUUAAUGGACUGCUAGGAAAGUCUUUAAAUUGUGCCAGAGGCAUUCUCUAUGUUGUAUUUGUAUAAGCUUGUAAUAGCUUGAAAAUCGAUUGUAUGAAACUUCAUACAGCAAUGUCAAUGAAUAGAUUCUGUAUAUUGAUGUUUACAAAAACACUGUAUUUAUUGAAUCCAUGACUUUUUUUGCUAGAAAAUUAAUUGCUAGGUCUAAUUUGGAUGGUUCAUAUCAAUGUAGAUUUGAGAUUGUAAUGACAAUGAGGUUUGGCAUAUAAAACCAACAUCAUGCCAUCCAUUUAUUUUAGCAAAUACACUUUCAAGGAAUACAGCUUUGCUUCAGAAAGAUAGCUGCAUCCAGGUUGCCUCAAAAGUGUGUUUGCCCAUCACUUCCACCAAUGAUUAUGAUUUACUUAUUUCUGAAUAGAGUUGAGUUGUAAAAGAUAUGAAGAAAAGAGAUAUUCUCUAACAGUCACAAUAACUUAAUACACAAGGGUAGGUUACCUCUUCAUACACCUAUCUGGUAAUUCUAAUCAAUGGAGAUUUGAUUAAUGAUGUCACAUGUUUUUAUUUUUUAUCAUCUGGGAUUUAAUUUGAUAUACCUUCACAACCCAUUUUAGGGGACAUGUUCAUGUCAAAAUGACUUCUACGACACAUUUAACCAGUUGAGAAAAUAGACUUACCUUUCCUCUGAUUUUUCAAUGUUCUACGCAUAUUUAAGUAGAGACACAAAAUACAAACAGGAAUCUAUUUAAUGACUAAUUUAUUCUUUCAUUUCUGUAAUCCCAAUGAUUCAUGUUCAUGUACUCAAGCCAUGAUUGUGCGGGUAGAAUAAUACAUUUUGCACAUUCUAACUUUGACAAAGAAAUAGAAUUAUGAUGGAAUAAAAAUGGGAAAACCAUACUAUCUUCUUCAACACUCAUCUUUGUGUGUAUAGGGUAAAUACUUGAUCUUAUGUGUGGUGUUUGUAUUAAAUAAAAAUUCAAACAUCAGUUAGAUAUGUUGUUCCUAAUUGGAUGAAAUUAAUGAACAGAAAAGGUGAUUCACACCACAUUUCUACAAUGCUAUUAAGAUUUUUAAAAAUGCAUUUACCUGUAACUUUUCACCAAGAAAGAGUGGGGAUGUCACUUCACACAAACAGUGAAUUAAUGUUGAAAUAAAUGUGAUGUAUACUGUAUGGAAAAAAUACAUGAAAUGUAUAGAGAAUGAGCGAAAUUAAUGAAUUAAAUUCUAAGUGACUUACAUUCUUACCGUAAUACUGUCUUCUUAUACAUGCAUACUUUGGUUUAGAGUCCAUUAUAUGUGCUGUGCACUACCUGGUUGUAUUCAUAAUAUUCAUUUGCAAUUUCUUAUUAGAGGGUGAAUAUUCACAAAAUAUUACAAAUUGAUAUCACGAGCAAUAAAUUGGAAGAAGUUACAAGUACUAGGACUAGUAUUUUCUCACAAAACUAAAAAGAUAAUGAACUUAAUACGUUCUUAAAUGUGGGGGAUUUUAUUUGGCAGAGGGGAAUUUUAUACCAUCAUACCAUAUUGUAUUUCAACCAUCUAGUCAUAUCACAACAUAGCAUAAAUAAUUCAAACUGAUAUACUAUUGAUUUCUAUAUCUUCAAUGAAAUACAAUUAAUUAUAAACAUGGAUCAGUAUUGUUUUAUUCAUAUAAAUCUAUAUAUUUUUUUUUACAGAUCUAGUCGAUUCAAAUUCAUAUAAUGAGGGUAGCGAGUAUACAAUUUCAGUAAGGUUGGUUGAUCAUUUUUGCCAAGUGACAACUUCUGUUAUGUAAUUUCUGUACUUUUAUUGAUUUCAAUAGAUACUAGUGAACCUCAAUAACCACUAUUCAGGGAAUUUCCAAUAAAUUUGUCAUCAUUGUAAAUCUCCCAGUAUUUCAAAAUGUCUUAUAACCAUUGUACAAAUUGUGACCAAAAUUAAUGAUCCCUAGUAUUUCACAACUCCCAAAUAAAUUAAUGUUAUUACAAUUUUGCUGUGACAGUUACCUUGAUAAUUCCAAUGAACUGUUAUUGGUAAGACUUGGAUUGCUUAUAAGUUGUCCUUUUGCACUGGUAUUAAAAGCAUUACUCAUUUUCCAUUCAAUUCAUUGUAAAGACUUAUCUGCUUUAUAUGGGAAAACUUGGGGUUUAUUACCUCUGUUUAAAAAAAAAAUAAUCAAUUUGACGAUAUCUUAGAGCAGCAAUUUGUAAAUCACUUUUAAGAAAAAAAAACUAAAACUCUAUUUCAAACAAAUGCAGUUAUGUUUGACAUUACAGAGAAAAAAAAACCUGACAAGAUGUAGCCCCAUGUUCUUGAACUGUAUUAAGUACUUUCAUUGGGAGCUAGGGAUAUUUCACAAAGAGUUAUGUACAACUUAAAAAUCACAAAUUGAUUAAUUUGUGUGGUAUACAACACAGCACCUCACUGGUCAGAUUGCACUUCAUAAUCAUCAGAUUGUGCUUGGUGACCAUAAGAUUAUUACUGCGUAAUCACCAAUGAGAUUUAGUGUUAAAUACCAUGUUGGAGUUGGUACUCAAGCAUGACUUUAAUAGUGAAAUGGCCCACUAGUUUCUAACGACCUACACAAAAGACCUCAUAAGUUUAUGACACAUCCUCUAAGAGAUAUUUCAAACUGAUGGCGACUAGUGGUUCCAGAGAGGACUUACAUUUUCCUUCUACUACACAUCUUGAGAUUUUCUUAUGUGAUAAACGCCCACAAGUGAUAUAAAUGAUUCAGCUUUCCAAAUGAAUUAAAAGUUACAAUGGCACUGGAUUUAAGCAAAUUAGGACAGUUACAAAGUAUUCUUUUCCUAUCAUUAAUGGUUUCACACACAAAAAAAAUCAUUUUGAAAAUCCAUGAAUGUCUAAUUUGGGGAAGGUUCAUGAAAUGACUUGUUGGAUUUUUUCUCCCACAAAGUCUGUCAUUUGACAGUUACCAUAGUAACAGUCAAACACCUAUACUUUUCAGCUAAUCAUGACUAAUUUUCACAUCUGACAACUUGUGUCAACUGAUAAACAUUGAUUAAAUGCUCCACAGAAGGCCAAGAAUUGGGGAAAUAAAAAUAGAGAAUGCUCCAUAAAUGAGGACUUUUCAACAAGUUAAAGAGAGAUUUUGACGA